AUGAUUAUCUGCAGGUUUCCUGCAAUCGACGCCCAUCCUGUUACCCAACAGCUUCAAAAAAAGCUAGAGAAGUACCAGGCCAAUUGCCCUAAGCCGCCAGCGUCUACAGCUGAGUGUUUUCAGACCCUCUCUACUCCUUUGGAUCUUAGCAGGUGUACUCAGCAUAUUGAGUCGGAGGUAAAACAACUGCAGGGUCAGGUCUUCAAGCAAUCGUCAUUCUUGCAUCUGAGAGAGGAAAGAAAGGCAGGGGUAGGGGAUUCGCAAGCCAAAGAAGAAGACCCACAGCACAAGUUGUUGCGACUCCAGAAGGAGCAGCAGGAACUUCUCGGCCGUCUUGAUCCCAAAGCAUUCGACCCUAUUAGCAACUGGAACUGUCCCGUCAUGCCAAGUCAGUUCGUCACGAGCAAAAAACAGUUACAGGAGCUAAAAGCAGCUAAUCUAGCGGUCUUAACCAGCCGUGUCAAGCUGUACGAAAUGGUCGGCGCCUUCCGGCAUAGCGACCAGAGGAUACGAGCGCUGACGCAGCAAUCCAGGCGGCACCACUACAUGUACUCGGAGUUGCAAGGGCCUAGAAUGGUUCGCAGGUGUUCUUCCUCCGCUACCAUCUCUCCCCCGAGGGGAGUGAAAGGGAGCAAGCCAAAGUAUUCCAAGAACUUGUCGUUGGGUGUAGUAAAGGAUAUCAAACCUCGGAAGGCAACAAUGCAGGCCAAAACACUCGCUGUGGACAGCGAAAGCUCCACUGGAAAAGAGCAAAGCACAGUCGCCUUCGAAUGUAACAGCCCAGGUGCUGAUUUGGCCCAAGAGGAAGGGGUGCAAAAAGAUGAAACGGAUGAGAGAGCGUUGAACUCGGACAGAGGUUCGUGUGGGCCGGAACCUCCGGAAAAUCAGCAGGCUGACUGUGAUUCCGGUGGUGGCGACAAAAGAUUCGAAACGCCGGGUGACUACCGUGUCUAG